AUGUACUCAACAAAAAGUGUCAUCGGGUUCGCAAGCAUGCUUGCAUCUCUUCCAUCUGCCUUUGCUGGUUUCGGCACCACCGCCUCUAGCAAUGUUGCUAUCUACUGGGGCCAAGGUCCCAACCAAGGAACGCUCGCAUCAUACUGCUCAAAUGCUGCUUUCGACAUUAUUCCUAUCGCCUUCUUGAUCUCCGUCAACAAAUUGACUAUCAAUGUCGGAAACGCUGAUCCUACCCAAGUCGGAAAGGAUAUCGUCACUUGUCAAGGCAUGGGCAAGACUAUACUUCUCUCCAUUGGAGGAGCUACUUACACCGAGAACGAACUGGCAAGCUCUGGUGCCGCCACUACUGCUGCUAAGAAUGUCUGGGCUGCCUUCGGUCCUGAGACCUCAUCCUCAACAACUCGACCAUUCGGUGAUGCCGUCGUCGAUGGUUUCGAUUUUGAUAUCGAAACCCAAGGUCUUACCAACUUGGACGUCUUCGCUCAAGAGCUCCGCACUCUUUCGGAUGCUGAGACCAGCAAGAAGUACUAUUUGACUGCUGCCCCACAAUGCCCUUACCCUGAUCAAGCCGACAAGUCAUUCCUUCAAGGUGCAGUUUCUUUCGACGCGGUCUUCGUUCAAUUUUACAACAACAACUGUGGUCUCGACAAAUUUGUGAAAGGAAGCGCUACUCAAACCGCCUUCAACAUGGCCACCUGGGAUACAUGGGCCUCAACCACUUCCAAGAACAAGAACGUCAAGGUUUUCGUUGGUAUCCCAGGUAGUACCAGCGCAGCCACUACAGGAUAUAUUGACCAAGCCACUCUUGCUGAUAUCAUCACUUACUCCAAGACCUUUAAGAGCUUUGGUGGUGUCAUGGCUUGGGAUAUGGUCACUUUGAUUGGAAACUCUGGUUACCUCGCCAACAUUAACAAGGCACUCGGAGGAACCCCCGCCAAGGCCUCUAUCACCUCUGCCAAGCCUUCCAGCACUGCUGUCCCAUCCACCCUUACCACCCAAAUCAAAUCUACCUUCACCUCAUCCAAGGCAAUCGCUACCAUCACCACCACCGCAUCUUCUUCUACCAAGGUUGCAGGAGGCCAAACCAGUGUUACGUCCGCCGUCUCAACCGCUACUUCCACCUCCUCUUCCGGCACUAUCGCACAAUGGAGCCAAUGUGGUGGUGAAGGAUACACCGGAGCAACUAAGUGUGCAUCUGGCUUUAAGUGUGUUGAACACGGUCCGUGGUGGUCUAACUGCGAGUAA